AUUCAGAGAUGCAAUGUUUGCUUUAUGGCUGCUGUUUUUACUCCCAGCCUUUGGGGAGCGCUGUUCAGAGUCACCCCCCCACACACACAGACCGUUCUCAGAGACAAGUUCAGAACGGAAGUGAGACGCUUUGUCCUUCACAAUUAAAGAGUAGUGGUUCACAAACUCAAGAGAAUCAGUUAAUUAUCGUAUUUGAUUAUUAUUAUUAUUACCAAUGAUCACAUUUAAUCGAUUAGUCUGAAUAGUUCAAUCACAUAAUCUAUAAGUUAACAAUGCAUGUGAUACUUUAGCCUAAACUUUAUAAAUGUGCAGAGGCAAGCUGGACUGAGGAGUCGUCCGCUCACCCCUUCUGUGUAUCAGGGAAGUACGGUUUCCUAGGGGUACUCCUGUAACUAACAGAUUGUAAUUUUGUUUUUCAAAUUUAAUAACUAAUAGCUUCCUGUAGUAGGCAUUGUUUAUUUAUUUCUAUAUUUAUCCGUAUCGUCGCUGUUGCUGUGAUUUUAUUUUGAAAAGACGCCACCGGAUGUGUUGUUUUCCGUCAGCUUGUCGCUCGGGCCCAGUCAAAACAAAGCAGCUGGGCUUUGUAACUACCUUCACCCGGAGCAGAGGACGAUCUGUAUCCGCCCGCUCCUUCACUCCAACCCGGUCCAUUCGCGUCGCCCUCCGCGCGCCCUUUCUGCUGCGGCAGUUCGCGUUGUGUGUCUCGGCGUCGGCUGGAAAUGGAGGCGGCUCCGAGGUGGAGGGUGAGCGGGGCGGAGCGGAGCGACUAAACGCACUAAGAAAUACGAAAAUACCUAAAUAACAGCGACAAAUUGGGGAUUUGUUAACAUACUGGAUAAACUCGAGCUUCUUCUCUGAAAAUGGUGGAGUAGGAGUCUCCCGGAGCCUCGACGGACGGUUGACUCGGUCUCAGCGGGGAGGCUCAGCAUGGCCCCGGGCUCGCUGGUGGCGGCCUGCCGCAGCCUGGCCCUCUCGACGUGGCUGCUCUCCUUUUGCUUCGUCCACCUGCUGUGCCUGGACUUCACCGUGGCCGAGCGGGAGGAGUGGUACACCGCCUUCGUCAACAUUACCUACAAGGACCCGGCCACCUCGGAGCACCGCUCGGAGAAGACUGAGUGCGGCCGUUACGGGGAGCACUCAUCGAAGAGGGAGGUCAAGGGGCUGGUGGUCCUGCCCGCGGCCCCGCACGACCGCCAGGCCUGCGACCCCAACACCCGGUUCGCGGUACCCGCUCAGGCCGAGGCCUGGAUCGCGCUCAUAGCCCGGGGCAACUGCACCUGCAAGGACAAGAUCCGCCACGCUGCGGCGCAAAACGCAUCGGCGGUUGUCAUCUUCAAUGUGGGGUCCACGAAUGCCAACGACACCAUCACCAUGCCCCAUUCUGGCACAGGGGACGUGGUCGCCAUCAUGAUCCCGGAGCCAAAAGGACGUGAGGUUGUGUCGCUGCUGGAGCGCAACGUGACGGUGAACAUGACGAUCACCAUCGGGACGAGGAACCUGCAGAAGUACGUGAGCAGGACGUCGGUGGUGUUCGUCUCCAUCUCCUUCAUUGUGCUGAUGAUCAUCUCCCUCGCCUGGCUCGUCUUCUACUACAUCCAGAGGUUCCGAUACGCAAACGCCAGAGACAGGAACCAGCGUCGUCUUGGCGACGCGGCAAAGAAGGCCAUCAGCAAGCUGCAGGUCCGCACCAUCAGGAAGGGCGACCAGGAGACGGAGGCCGACUUUGACAACUGUGCCGUCUGCAUCGAGGGCUACAAGGCCAACGAUGUGGUCCGCAUUCUGCCCUGCAGACAUUUGUUCCAUAAAAGCUGCGUGGAUCCGUGGCUGCUGGACCACCGCACAUGUCCGAUGUGCAAGAUGAACAUCCUUAAGGCCCUGGGCAUUGCUCUCAACGCAGACUGCCUGGACGACCUACCACUGGACUACGACCUGGCCCUGGGUGGCAUCGGUGGCGUGGGUGGGGUGGGUGGAGUCGGGGCCUUGGCCUUGGAGGCUGUGGUGUCCGGGGCGUCCAGUGAUGGCACACUGAGUGAGAACAGCUCCUCUGUGGUGCUGGACCCUGGUGUGCGACGGGUGGGACUCCCUCAGGACUACCAGGACCCUGAUACUCUGAGAGACAGUCCGUUGACGGCCACCACCGAUACACACACAGGUGAGCGUCAGCCAAUGGCGAGCAGCUCCUCAGUGGCGUCAUUGGUUAUUGCCGUGGAAACCGGUCUAUCGGACGAGGAGGGGUCCAUGGAGCUGUCUCAGCUGGGGGACAAAUCCUGAGAGGAGCUCCAAAGAAUCAAACCAGGAGCUGGGACAAACCUCAGACCUCAAUGGACCAGAAUUGAAACCAGAUCUGAACCAAACCUGCCUAAGACUAAGUUUUUCCCAUGCUAGGCCCUGCUGGACCUGGUUCUGGUUUGGACUGGUUCUCAGUGGAAGCCAAAUGGAAGCGGUAUCGUUUUUUUGUUUUCACCCUAAAACCACACCUACUUGUCUGGACCUGAGUUGAACUCAAGCCAAGCUAGAACCAGGGUUUUCAAUUUCUAAACAGGCCUUUGUGUUUUGGAUUCUGGUUUGUCUUUGUUUCUAGUCCAAGUCCUCCAGGACACUAAUUGUGGUUAGACACAGGCCCUGGGAAAAGAGAGGUUUACCCUCACAAGAAAAAUUUCCAUGGGACAGGAAGUGUCAUCAGAUGUUCUUGUUCAUGCUGUUUGUAGAACUCUACCGUUCUUUGGUCCAACACAUCUGUGACAAAUCCCAACCAGAGAGUUUUCUCCUGACCUGAAGAACAUGUGGGAUUCAAACUGAGGAGCGACUGAAAUGAUCAGAGAUGAUCAAAAUCAUGUUGGCACUCGAGUGAAAGAGUUGACCCCAUCAGCGCCGGCUGCCAAAUGCAGAAAGAAAGCAAAGGUUCUUCUUCAUUGUCAAAUCUGCAGGACCUGGAUUAACAAAUACUUCAACCCCACAUUUAUUUGUUGUUUUUCAAGUGUGCGUGAAUUUGGGAUCUUGGUUUAGGUCUGAGUGCUCUUGUUUCGGGACUUCUGGGAAUAUUCCAGGGAAAAGGAGAUGCGUGGAGUGUUCUCUUCUUGUCCUGGUCAGUAAGCUACUGAUGUGUCAAGCCCUGCUUCUUGACGUGACAGACUUGUUUUUAGGAGGAUGGCCUUUAUUUUGAAAGGACAUACCAGCCACUUGGAGCAGUGGGCGGGGCUUUUUCUUCUCUCUCUUUUAGCAAUUUUUGUGUCCUGGCAGUAUUAGAGCUCCAGUAUUGAUUGGAAACAACAGUGUUCUGGUUCCGUCUGUAGAUUUCUCGUCUUCUUUUAUUCAAUUUUGACAUUUUAUUUCGUCUGAAGAAGAUGCCGGUUAUCCAGUUGUAAGGUUGCUCAUUUCACAAGAAACGUCAUGUAGGUUUUCUGUUAAGCAAGUGUGACGUCAUCUACUGUUAGGAGGGGGGAAAUGACUUUGAGGGGAAAUGGCGCCAUGUUGGAAAGUGGCGUAUACGGUUCCCUGUAAGUCGUGUUGGAUCAGACUAAUUAUCUGUUGGAAUAGAACAAGUACAGUCCCACUCAAGUCAAAUUAUCACGAAACAAGUGAUUAACAAAAAUUGAUCGGAAACACAAUGUCCAAGAACCAGAUGAUCGAUCAUUCAGGCACACUUCAAAAUGUCAGUAGGGUUGGUUACUGAUCUUAUCCAUUCAUGCAUGUUCUACUGCUUUAUCCUCCACAGGAAGGUCUCUGGGGGGUGGGCGAUAGGCGGGGUACACCUUGAACAACUCGCCAGUCCAUCACAGGGCCACACACAUGGAAACAAACAACCAUUCACUCUCAAUUUAGAAUGUCCAAUAUACCGAAUCCCCAUAUUGCAUGUUUUUGAACUGUGGGAGGAAGCCGGAGAACCCGGAGAAAACCCACGCACACGGCGGAGAACAUGCAAAUUCCAUGCAGAGAGGCCCUUGCUGCAAAGGCAAGAGUGUUAACCACUACAUCAACCGCGUGGCCAGUUACCAAACUGAAUACUUUCAAAUAUAACCAAUUGAAUUAUGAAGGCUACCACCGACUACCAGUUCGUGUUUAGGGUUAACCCUAACCCCAGCAUGUGCCAAAUUAGUGAGGAGAGUUUUCACAACUCAAACUACAUUUAGUUAAAUAUCAAAAAAUGCAACGCACCAAUAUUCAAUCGACUCACACUUUCGGCGUUAGUCUUUUGAAAGGCUGAGACAACGAUAUGACGAUCGGCAAAAUCACGUCAACUGCCGUUUAAAUUUCCACACAUGACGUCAAAA